AUGCAGGGCUCGGUCAACUCAUUAUCUGGAACUUAUACAAGCUUUAAUUCUUAUAGAACGCCUCUUUCAGGUGCUAAUACGCCAAGUUUGAAUGACUUGGGUGAAGCGCGCGGAACAGUAUUAUCAGUAAAACUUGACAAAGUUAUGGAUAAUGUUACUGGUCAAACUGUCAUAGACCCAAAAGGAUAUCUUACAAAUCUUAAUACUUUGGCGGUUACAUCAAAUACAAAUGUUGCUGACAUAAAGAAAGCACGCUUACUAUUACGUAGUGUAAUUCAAACAAAUCCGAAUCAUGCACCCGGAUGGAUUGCCGCUGCAAGAUUAGAAGAAUUCGGGGGCAAAAUUCAAGCAGCACGAGACAUUAUAGCUCAAGGUUGUUUACAAUGUAAUAAAGUGGAUGAUGUAUGGUUAGAAGCUGCACGCCUAGAGAAACCAACUGAAGCUCAAGCUGUUUUGGCGAGAGGUUUGAAAGAGUUGCCUCAAUCUGUCAAAUUAUGGCUGGAAGCUGCACAUAGGGAAGAUAAUCCUAAACUAAGAAAAUUAAUUUUGCGGAAAGCCUUGCAGUUUGUACCAAAUUCUGUUCGGCUUUGGAAAGAAGCAAUUAGUAUGGAGCCUCCAGAACAAGCUAGAGUCAUGCUUUCUAGAGCAGUUGAAUGUGUACCUCAAUCAGUAGAGAUGUGGCUAGCGUUGAGCAAGCUAUCGACGUAUCAAACUGCUCAAGUAAACAUAAUUAUAUUAAGGGCUGUUAACAAUUUAACAUCCAAAGGGGUUGGAUUGGAUCGGGAUGUAUGGAUCAAAUUCGCAGAGGAUUGCGAAAAAUCCAAUUAUCCAAUCACCUGCCAGGCUAUUGUAAAAUCGACAAUGGACAUAGGAGUAGAAGAUGUUAAUUGCUUGAAAAUUUGGUUUUCUGAUGCGGAAGCUGUUUUUAAAAGAAAUAGAAUCGUUACAGCAAGGGCCUUAUACAGUAAUAUCGUUGAAAAAAUGCCUACUGUUGAGACUGCUUGGAUUGAGUUAGCCAAUUUAGAGCGUCAACAUGGAUCUUUAGAAAGUUUGAAUCAAUGUUUAAAGAAUGCAGUUAUUGCUUGUCCAACUUCUGAAACAUUGUGGCUUAUGUCCGCAGAAGUUGAGCUUAGUCGUAAUAAUGUGAAUGAAGCUCGUUUAAUUUUGGCAGAAGCUUUCAUACAAUUACCAGAUAAAGAAAAAAUUUCAUUGGCUGCAGUUAAGUUAGAACGUGAAAAUGGAGAAUAUGAACGUGCGCGAGUGUUAUUGAGCCAAUCACGCAUACGAUGUAAUAACAGUGUUGAUAUGUGGAUUCAAUCUAUACAGCUAGAACGCUUAUUGAAGAAUUACUUCACAGCUCAAGAUCUUUGCAAACAAGCAAUUAAUUUAUAUCCUGAUUGUUCCAAGUUAUGGUUGAUUUCAGGCCAAAUAUAUUUAGAACAAGAUCAUAAAGAUUAUGUCGCAGCAAUGGAGCAGUUUGAAAAAGGUCGCAUUUACUGUAAAGAAAAUCCGUAUUUAUGGACUUGUGCCGCUGAAAUUUUUAUACUUCAAAAAAACUGGAGCAUAGCUCGUGCAUUGCUGGAAGAUGCUCGGAUGAAAUUACCUAAAAAUGAAUUCAUAUGGUUUGCUUCCGUGAAACUUGAACUUCUAGCUGUUAAUAUUAGUGAUUAUGAUUUCGAAAGAGGCAAAAUAAAUUAUUCGCACACACAAGCUGCUCAUCAUAUGAUCUCAAAAGCGUUGCAAGAAUGUCCCAAAUCUGGUUUAUUGUGGUCUAUAGCUAUUUUUCUAGAACCUCAAAAUGCUCAGAACUCCAAAUCUGUUGUUGCUUUAACUCAAUGUGAAAACGAUGCUUACAUAAUUUUAUCCGUAGCAAAGUAG